UCAAGAGCACAUAGCCUUCCCCCUGUUUGAUUUCAUCCUUUAUAUUCAUUCUGCAAGAAAAAACCGUGGUUCGGUUUUUGGAUGAUGAUCAUGCUUCCUCUGAUUGCUGGUGUGCAUGUCGUUUGCGGAAGCCGUUUGUUUGACAGACCUGCCUACCCUCUGAAGAUGUGGCGAUGCCAGACCUCUGGUGGAGAAAGCCGAAGAACAAAACUCGCACACUGUACACCUGCCAAAAUGUAACCAUUCCAUCAAUCCCAGAGACCGAAGACUUCGCCACAAAACUGUCCGAUCUCCAUGCAGGGCAUCAUCCUACAACACUGAUUAUGACCAACAGAGAGGCUGUUGUUUUACAGACAUCCUUUCGUUUGGCAAUGAUGGCGUAUGGGCGCAAUAGCGGCAAAAGCCUCCUCUUCAGAGGCAUCCGUUUGAAGAAUUCUCAUGAUGUGUCCAUGAUCGAGGUUCAAUUCAAAAGUAGCCGGCAUCGAAGAGGAAACAUGGACGACACCGGGCAUGCCGUGGCGUACUUGAUCAAGGUGGAAGGAGGUCUCGGAGUGGUGCUCAGCUACAAGGGUUCGACCAACACCGCAGACUGGAAAGCAAACUUCAAGACCUUUUCAAUAGAGAUGUUUCCGGACUUGCCCGGCAAAGAAGACGUCAAAGUUCACAAGGGGUUUUUGGAACACAAGGAGCGGUUGGACAAGCGCAUGUCAAAGGCUGAAAUGCUCCCGAUAGCCAGCAUUCUGUCCACCUGGGGGGUGACCCCUUCAAAGAAUUUCAGAGAUUUUUUGCUAUCUGGCCAAUGGAAAUGGUGCAUUUGUGUCGGUCACAGUUUGGGUGGAGCAAUGUCUGCAAUCUCUGCUUUGGAGCUGUCGGUCCGCACUGGGAAACCAGUCUGCCAAGUAUUACACCUGCCACGUAAGGUGGAAAUCGAUGUUGCCAAGCGCCACGCCUGUUACGCAAAGAGCCGCAGCGACAACAGCGUUAAUCGGGAACCAAGCGCGGUACCAGAGCCAGUCUAGGACCAGAAACGCCAGGUCUAGCACGCAAAGUCCAGUGCUAUAGGUGCCAUAAGUGCCAC